AUCCGCUAUUAGUAGGUACUUACAACGUACUAAUUCUCGCUAUUUUCGCUCAAAGUUCGGGAACCUCAUCUUUGUCUAUAUUUUAAGCUCACCUCAUCUGCAUUGAUAUCUGGACAAGCGAGGUAUUUUAAACAGCUAAUUCUAAUGACUUUGAUGAGAGUGACGACCUCUACGUUUGUCAGGGGGCUUCGGACACGUCCAAUCGCUCCUUAUUCUCACCAUUGCGGUCAAAAAUCGUUCAGUACCACCAUCAUGGCAGCUAGUCCGCAGAGGCACUUCCAAAACCCGGCAGUCUUCGUCUGUGAUAUGCAGGAGAAGUUCCGCCCUGCCAUCUGGCAUUUCGACGAGAUCAUCCUCACAGCGCAAAAAGUCCUGCGCGCGGCCCAGAUCCUCAAGAUACCCGCGUACGUGACGACGCAGAACGGGGCGCGGCUGGGGGCGACGGUAUCCGAGCUCGCGGACCUAUUAGCAGCGACAGCAGAGGUGAGCGCGGACAAGACGGCGUUCAGCAUGCUGCGCGUUCCCGAGGUCGCGGCGCGGUUCCCCGAAGUGCUGCCGCCCGAGAAGAAGCAGCAGCGCGAGGUGGCCAUCGUCGGCAUCGAGAGCCACAUCUGCGUCACGCAGACGGCGCUCGACCUGCUCGCGCGCGGUCACAGGGUCUAUGUCCUGGCCGACGGCGUCAGCAGCUGCGAUGACGAGGAGGUCCCCCUCGCGCUGGCGCGGCUCAGGGCCGCGGGCGUGAUUGUGACGACGAGCGAGAGUUGGCUGUAUGAGUGUAUGGGCGACGCCGGGAUCCCGGAGUUCAAGGAGAUUGUGAAGUUGGUUAAGGAGGAGCGAGAGUUCAAAGGGGGUUUUGGGGGGCUUGCUUAGUCGAAUAUAGGGUGUGUUUUGGGAAGGCUGGAACUACUGAUCCCAUACUAUCUACAUACUUAGCUAGAUAGGAGAGGGGCCCUUUACCGUAUGUGUCUCAUGACAAAGCAUUACAAUUUGAGAGAUCAG